AUGAUAAUUUCGCAUGAUUUUCCGACUAAUAAGUUCAUAAUAAUUUACUGACUUAUUGUUAUUUAUUUUCAAGUUAUGUUUUCUAUAUAUAUAAGGGUAUAAGUAACAAAAAAAAGCAAUUUGGUAUUAGUUUUAAGCAAUAAGAGUGCUGAUGUAGAUGAGCAACAUGAGUAGCCAGCACCAAUACAUGUCAGUGAACAGCUCCUCCAGCUCAAGGGUUGGAGAUAUAGAACACAUAAGUCACUUGUCUGAGCAUAUAGGUUCAUUGUGCCUCUCGUCAGAGUACUCAGACGUGACACUCAUCGUGGAAGGGCAACGUAUACCUGCCCACAAAGUCAUCCUCGCUGCCAGCAGUGAUUACUUCCGAGCUCUUUUGUAUGGAGGCAUGCGAGAAGCUAAUCAGGCAGAAGUUGAGUUACAGGCACCUUUGCUGGCUUUCAAAGCUCUACUGCGCUAUGUUUAUUCUGGUCAUAUGGGCUUGUCGCUGCUGAGAGAGGACACGGUGCUGGACAUGCUGGGGCUCGCUCACCAGUUCAACUUCCAGGAGUUGGAGGCAGCGAUAUCAGAUUACUUGAGGCAGAUUCUGGCGCUGAAGAAUGUGUGCGCCCUUCUCGACGCUGCUCGGUUAUAUGGGCUGGACGCCUUGAUGGACUACUGCUACAAUUUCUUGGACAGAAAUGCCACUGAGAUACUUCAACAUGACACCUUUCUGCAGCUGUCCGUUGAAGCACUGCAAGGUCUGCUGGAGCGAGAUUCAUUCUUCGCACCGGAAGUGGACAUCUUCAAGGCCGUUUGUAAUUGGUUCAAUGCCAACCAGCAGUGGGUCAAAUCUGAAAGUGGAAUGGCUCAAGUGGAGAAGAUCCUCAAAUGUGUCCGUCUAACCCUGAUGAGCUUGGAGGAGUUGCUGACGGUCGUCCGGCCCUUCUCGCUCGUGACGCCCGACAUGUUGCUGGACGCCAUACAGGAGAAAACGCAGACCAAGAGCACGGAGCUCAGGCACAGGGGGCUUUUAUUGCCCGAGGAGAACGUGGCGACGGCCAAGCGCGGCGCCCGCGUGAUCGCGGGCGACAUGCGCUCGGCGCUGCUGGACGGCGACACCGACAACUACGACAUGGAGCGCGGCUACACGCGCCACACCAUCUCCGACGCGCCCGACAACCCGGGCAUCGUCGUGCGCCUCGCCACCACCACCAUCAUCAACCACCUGCGCCUGCUGCUGUGGGACCGCGACAACCGCUCCUACGCCUACUACGUCGAGGUGUCCGUCGACCAGAAGGACUGGGUGCGCGUCAUCGACCACAGCGACUACUUCUGCCGCUCCUGGCAGAACCUCUACUUCGAGCCGCGCGUCGUGCAGUACAUCAAGAUCGUCGGCACCAGCAACACCGUCAACAAGGUGUUCCACGCGGUGUCGCUGGAGGCGCUGCACAGCGCACGCGUGCCGCCGCUGUGCGACGGGCUGGUGCGGCCCGCGCACAACGUGGCCACGCUCGACCUGUCCGCCGUCGUCAUCGAGGGCAUCAGUCGUUCGCGCAACGCGCUGCUGAACGGCGACACGGAGCACUACGACUGGGAGCAGGGCUACACGUGUCACCAGCUGGGCUCGGGCGCCAUCGUGGUGCAGCUCGCGCAGCCCUACAUGCUGUCGUCGCUGCGCAUGCUGCUGUGGGACUGCGACUACCGCCACUACUCCUACUACGUCGAGGUCUCGCUCAACUACUGGAACUGGGACAUGGUGGCUGACCGCACGCGAGAUGCCUGCCGAUCGUGGCAAGUGAUCUACUUCCCGCCGCGGCCCGUCUCCAUCAUCCGCAUCGUGGGCACCAACAACUCCGUGAAUGAAGUGUUCCACCUGGUGCACCUGGAGUGCCCGGCGCAGGUGGAGGAGGCGCGCGAAGAUCCGGCAGCUAAGAAGCAGCGACCCUCCCGCGACAGGGACUCGCGACGCAGCCCCGCCGACGAGGUCGGCAACGCGGACGCGCGGCGCUCGCCGAGCCCGGCGGGCGCGCCCAGCCCCCCCAGCCCCCCUGCGGACGGCCCGGCGGGCGACGCGACCCCCAGGCCCGCGCUGCCCCCCGCCGAGACCGCCACCGAGGCCGAGGAGGGCUACGACGACUGAACACCGUAGCGGGAGCUCAGCAUGCUCGUGUACUGCUGCCGGCAUGUCUGGCCGUGUUUCAAGUGAGCGUGUGAGCGUGACGUGUCUCGACUGUAGUGCCCCUCGGUGACGAUCGGAAACGAUACGAAUUGGUAAUCUAUCGCGAGUUUAAAACUCAUACGAAUAUCGUUGCUAUCGAUGCUAUAGAGAUGUAAAAACGUAUUUUGUGCAAUUAGCACUAGUAGAAGCUAUGAUUAGUAUUUUUAGCAAUACUGUGGAUGCUAUAAAUAUUAAUGUUAUUAGAUAGUAAUAGAGUAUGUACUAUUUAUACUAUCUGUGGUUUAAUUUAAAAAUUAUAGACUUAAUAAUCUAUUGCCAUGCAGAACUAGUGCAUUAGUGUUGUAUCCUAUUAGCGUCCAAUUUAUUAGCGUAUGUCCCUAGAUCGUACAUAUCAUAUAAGCUCAUUAAUGAAAUCAUACAAAAUUCUAUAUUAGAAGUAAUAUAUAUGAAGCUAGUAAGCUACUACUAUAUUAUGUGAAGCUUAUAAAUAAAUGGUUACCAAUGAAAGUUGCAAACAUAAUCAACCACAACUUAAAUAAAUAUGUACACCUAUAAAAAAAAACAUAAUUAUUCGUGUUCUUAUUAAAUAAUUCUAUGAUCAUGUCCCAUAAAAAAAAAAUACAUAAAAAAAUUAAGAAUUUAAAGCGAUUAUGUACAAAACGUACACUUACGUCAUGUAAGUAUUAAAUACUAUAUUGUUAUAUCCAUUGUAAUAUGAGCUUUGUAGAACAUUGCUUACCACAGGUUAUAUACGAUUACAGAUGCACAACAAAUGUAUGUAAAUCGUUUUUAUAACGAAAUCAAUGUAGAAAGGUUUAUAAUAUCACAAUAUUUUCUGUAAGUUUGACAAAAACACAUUUAUAUUAUAUAAAUAUAUAUACAAUAUGUCUAUAUAUAUAUUACAGUAUAGGACUAAAAAGGUCCCAUACUGUAAUGUAAUUUCAAAUUAUUUGUUAUCAAUGUCAAAAUUAAACAUAGUCAAAUAUUACAAGCCUUUAAUAUAUAAUGUAAAUUAUUAUUACAUGUUGAAGUAUUAUUUAAUGAUAGGCUAUAUGAUUUAGUGAGUUAUAUAUAUAUGAACCAACGAAUACAUUGUUUUACAUCUGUAUGUUUUUUGACAAAGUAUAUAUGUCAUAAUAAUAAAAGGCUUUAUUUUAUGAAGUUAGUUGUAAUUUAUAAAAUGUAUAAUUUAAAUGACAGAUAUUACUCGUGGCUUUGAUCCAAUAGUAACAUUGAUAAAUAUGUGACUUUUUUUUAUGCAAUUUGAUAGAAAUGUUGUUUAUUUUUGUAAAAUUUGUUGUCGCUUGAAUUGCGGCUAACUAUAUGUAUAGUGAAUAAACUUAAUAAACUAACUAUAAUGGACACAUCAAUAAGCUAACAAUAGUGGACAUUUGUUGAUAGAAUAUUGUAUAAUCAGUAAGCUUAUAGUCUUAUAGUCUUGUCUAGUCUGUUGUCUAUGAAAAUUUUUCAUCAGAUUAAAUUAAUAUUUAUUCCGGCACUUAAAGGCGAUAUUGUUUUUGGUCUAUACAAACGGUCGUAUUAGAUAUAUAUAUAAUACCUUUCCUUUUAUAAAUGAUUAUGUAAAUAUAUUGUACGGUUGUGACCAUCUGAUAGUGGAAUAAUAGAUAAGUAUUAAUUUUUAAACAAAUAUUGGAAUGAUAUUUUUUUAUAGGAAUGACAAUUGUUUAUUUUAAUAAUUAUUUUUAAUUUAAUAAGAGGAAAACGUAAUCUAAACAGUGCAAUCUUUGUCACCUUUCUGCAAUAGUUAAAAUAUAUAAAAAAAAAAAGAAAUAUAAUUCCCUUAUUUACGGCUUGUAUAUUUGGUAACUAAUGGAGGGAAUUAAAUACCUAUUAUAAUAGUUUCACUGGCAUUUUACACUUACAUGAAUAUUAUAUUGUAGAACUAGAUUAUCUUCUUGUUAUAAUGUACUUAGAAUAAGCAAAAGUGAGAUUGUAAGAAGGAUAUGUACUGUGAUAAAGAUAUUGUAUCAUUCAUUGAUUAUUGUUAAGUUGAUAAAGUGAGGGCUUUUAUGUAUCAAGCAUUCGUUUUUGUUGACUUGAUUUAAGUCUCCAACAACAUCAUAGGAAUGUAAUCUGCACCUACGUUUAUACUUAAGAUGACUUCUUAGUCAUGCUUCCUGUUUACAUUUUUUUUUUAAAUAUGUAACUAGAUUGCUAUGUGUCAUUAGGAUAAAUUAUUUCCUAAUCAUAUAUUAAUUAGACCCAUCCAUGUCCAUGACCCAAUUAUGCUGUCACCAAGUUGUAAUACAUUAAGCUUUUAUUGUGUUUCAAUAAAUAUAGAUUUCUUUAUUUGAU